CAAUAGAUUAGUAGACUGUCCUCGCCUUAGCUUUGCUGUGCUUGAGCUUACUUAUGAUUGUCAUUUGCGCUCAAUUUGUAUUGAGUUGUAUAAUAAAACGCCUUCUUUACAUUGAUAAGCGACUGUAGCUGUAAUUGAAUAUAUGUGGACAUGUCCAUUGAUUUUUAAAUGGGGCGGUGUCAUCAAUUGUGCAUGAUCUUGGAAGCUGCGGCAGAGCAAUGAAUGAACCCUAAGCUAAGUCUACAAAGCUGAAAAUAUUGGCAAGACUGAAAGUGUCAGAGAGUGAGAUACAAGCACGAUGGUGCAGCAGCAUAUGGUGUGGAAGGUGCUAACGCGUCGGAAGCAUGUGCAAGCCGAAGGUAACGAGGGGGAGUCGAAGCUUAAUCGUGUGCUCGGCCUAUGGGAUCUCACAGCCUUGGGCGUUGGCUCGACCUUGGGCGCUGGCGUUUACGUACUCGCCGGCCAAAUAGCUAAAGAGCAGGCAGGUCCAUCCGUAAUGAUAUCAUUUGCCAUAGCGGCACUUGCCUCAUUGCUUGCAGGAAUUUGUUAUGCGGAAUUUGGUGCGCGUGUGCCCAAAGCGGGCUCAGCCUAUGUCUACAGCUAUGUCUGCAUUGGCGAGUUUGUGGCUUUUGUAAUUGGCUGGAAUCUCAUAUUGGAGUAUGUGAUUGGCACGGCCAGCGUCUGUCGCGGCAUAAGCCUCUAUCUGGAUACGCUGCUCAACGAUACGCUUAAGGAAACGUUUGUUGAGAUAGCCCCCAUGCACGUCAGCUUCCUGGGCAGCUACUUUGACUUCCUUGCCUUUGGCCUGGUAAUAGUCUUUGGAGUGGCAUUGGCUUUUGGCGUGGAGACAUCAGCUUUGGCAAAUAAUUUUGUCACAUGCGUGAAUAUUUUUAUUUUGGGAUUUGUCAUCAUAGCUGGUGCUAUUAAGGCUGAUUUCAGUAACUGGACUGUAGAUGCCGCUGCUCAUCCGAAUGCCACUCACAUAGGCUCUGGCGGCUUCUUUCCCUAUGGCUUUGCAGGCACUUUAAAGGGCGCAGCCACGUGCUUUUUUGGAUUUGUGGGCUUCGAUUGCAUUGCGACCACAGGCGAGGAGGUGCGAGAGCCGCGAAAGAAUAUACCACGCUCCAUACUCUUGUCGCUGCUCAUCAUUUUUCUCUGCUACUUUGGCGUGUCCACUGUGCUCACCCUGAUGCUGCCCUACUUUCAACAGGAUAUCAAUGCACCGCUGCCCUAUGCCUUUGAGUAUGUGGGUUGGCCGGUGGCCAUGUGGAUUGUGACAAUUGGCGGUUUGGUGGGACUGCUGGCGAGUCUAUUUGGCGCACUUUUUCCCUUGCCACGAGUCAUGUAUUCUAUGGCGCAGGACGGGCUGCUCUUUCGAUUUCUGGGCAAGAUAAGUCCACGCUUUCAGGUGCCUGUUACGGGUUCUGUUGUGGCAGCCCUCUUUACCUCAGUCAUAGCGGGAAUAUUUGAUCUGUCGCAGCUGGUCAGCCUCCUGUCCAUAGGCACACUGCUUGCCUACAGCGUGGUGGCCAUUUCGAUAACCAUUCUACGUUACAUGGAGUACAGCGAAGCGGAGUCGCAGCAUUCUACUCAAACGGCAUCAGAAACUACAGCUUUGACUUCAACUGAACUGCGCUUCACAUGGGGCUCAGCUUGCACUCAACUCUUCAAUGUGCAUAAGGCAGGGCAGCCUAGUCAGCUCUCCGCAAGAAUUGUGGGCGUGCUCACGUGUUUGUUUUGUCUUUUAUCUUUGGCUUUGGGUGUGCUGCUGAUGCAGGCCUAUGGCGCCAUCAGCUCCAACGAGCCUUGGGCCUUGACACUGCUCGUCCUGCUGCUCGCGCUCAUUGUGCUGGUGCUGGUGUUAACCUGCCUGCAACCCAGAGAGGCGCGUAGUCGGCUCUUUCGCGUGCCCUUUGUGCCCGUGGUGCCCGCCAUCAGCAUUUUUGUCAAUAUCUAUUUAAUGCUGCAGCUGGACAGCUGGACUUGGGUACGCUUUGGCAUUUGGAUGCUAGUGGGCAUACCUAUCUAUAUAGCCUGCUGUUGUCUCUACGAUAACAAAAACAAGCUGCGCAAUCCCGAGCGCUUGGCCUACUACAAAGCCUUGCAGGAGCAGAAGCAGCCGCCGCCCAGCAAUGGUCAUAUAUCCAGGCAGGACACUCUCAGCAAUGAAGCGCAGUUGGUAAGCACAGCCAGCAGCUUGGAUCAAAUACAGCAGCUAAGCGAGGUGUGCGACGACCUCAAGCAGCUGAAGCAUGCCAAUGGCAAAAUCUUCUAUGUGGAGGACACCAAGAGUGUCCAUUCAAAUAGCACAGAAGCGACACGAGAGCUGGGAGAGGAUGAGCACUCGGUCAUAGCCAUGCUGGACGAUGUGCUCGAUGCGCAGGAUACGCCCAAGCCGUUGCAUAUGUUUGAGCGCAACUACAGCAUCGACUCGGAGAUGUAUCCCAGCGUCAUAGAGCAAACUAUUGUGGCCACUGUUCACAGCAGCAGCAGCGAAACGGAGAGCCAGCGCUCAGUGCAGCUGGAGGAUUAUAAAUUGGCAGCGCAGCAAAUGAUAGACGAACUCUUCGACAGCGAGGCCUUCUAUGAACAGUUGCAGGCAGCCCAGCAGAGUCUAAUUAGAACACAAGGUCCUGCUAAAUUAAAUGUUAAAUUAAGACGUGCGCCUUCGAUUAGCUCUGUGGUCUCACAGGCGUCGCUGGCAUCUGCCGUGGAGGAUCCGCUGCAUUCGGAGAAAUUCAAGAAUCGACUGAGUAGCCUCAUAAUGAACUCCAGCGCUCAUAAGCCUAGCACCAAGCCAGCCCAAGUCGAGCAAAAGCGUGGGGCAGCCAGGCCGCAACUUAAGCAAUCGAAAAGCGAAACGGAUGUGCGAUUACUGUUGCUGCAGGCCAUACGAGAGCUCAAAACAGACAACGAUGAUGAGUCCGAGCAGCCCAAUAGGAAUGCCAAUGGUGAUGCUGCUGCUGCUGCUGCUGAUGCUGAUGCUGAUAAGGCAACAGCCCACAUACCACGUGCUCCGAAAUUCGAUCCGGUUUUGUACAAGACCAUAAACAGCAUUAGUUUGCACAAACAGCGACCCAGUUUGAGUCGAGAGCUGGUCGAUGCCAAGAACUCAACCCUAACUACAUCACAGGCUCAACCAGAGGCAGUGGCGACAGAGGCGGCGGACUCGGACUCGGCGCUAGAGCCAUUGCCAUUCAAAGCGAAAUUGGAGGCCAUACUGCAGCGGGGCCCCUCGCAUCGCCUGCAGCAGCGUGCCGCAGCGGAUGUGCUGGUAAUGCGCCGUCGGCCGCAGUCGACAUACGUGGAGGAGACGGCCCAUUGAAUGAGAGUUGAGAGUCGACUGUAACCGAAGAGCGUGCAAUUUUCUAGCGCACUCUGCUAACUGUAAUCUAAUGUUAUGUAGUUGUAGCUAGUUAAACAGCAGCAAUGCUAGACAAUAAGUAGCUUAGUUAGAGCCACUGUGCAAUUCAAUUGAGGCAAAUAUUUUACACACGUGCCAAGAUAUUAAGCGUAACCUCAGUCCGUAGCAUAUAACUUAGCCUAAUACUAGUUCCUCAUUUAAACUAGUCGCAUACGAAAUAGUAUUAUAAAUAUUGCAUGUGCAUGUGGGUGGAGAAACACAAAUCUUUGAGCUAAUUAAUGAGUUUGCUUUUCAAUUUAGGUCUGUCCAUAUACUUUUUGUACGGACUGCCCAAUAGCUAUAGGGAAAUGCGUAGACGACGCGCCGGCUGGCAUAAGCUCAAAUAUAGCGAGC